CAAUUUUAAACUUGUUUACAUAGGACACGGUGCCUUUUCUAAAAAAAUAAGCACCAUAGGCACAUCAAAGUAUAUUAAUGAAUUGCCAUAUAAAUACAAAUGUUAUUAUCGGAUAACAAUUAUUUGAAUUUCGUAUAGGAAUACUUUUGUUAUCAUCAUGCCAGUGCGUCCCACAAUGAUGGUGCUGUACAGCAAUGAUGCUACCGUGGUGAGGUACUCUGACGGAUCACGUUUGCACGUCCUUCCCUGCGGUUCAUCAUUCACACAUCACUGCAUGCAAGAUGCUCACCCUGUACAUGGGCUGAAGUCUGUACAACAAAGAUGUCAGUAUGCCACUAGUCAAUUUAAAGACUUGUUACUAGCUGCGCUGGAUUUUAGAAACAGGUUUGCAGAACGCCCGUUUCUGUGUCAGGAAUUGUUGGAACAAGAUCACAUUGUGGACCUGUACGCAAACAUUCGUGAGAUAGCCUGGCCUAAAGAAGUGACAGAAGAAUGCACAGAGGUUUGCCAAGAUGGGAGUGUGGCGAUAACCUCAAAGGACGAAUUCGCAAGUUUAGUACUCUCCCCUCAUCGACAAGAUUUCACCAUCUGUUACCUGUCCCACCUCAGUGACGAUAAAAAGAAAGUUGAAAAAGGAAUUGGAGCGCGUAAGAAGGUCGAUGAGUUAAAUACUGGAAAGAUAAAUGAACUAGAAGGUCAUACACAUGUGAAAAACUGUGUUGUAAAAGCUGAGAAAACAGAGAUUGAAGGACGUUACAUUGAUAUAAAUCCUAAGCAUAGAUCUCUCACACCAGAUAUUGUGAAGCAGAAUAUUCAAAUUGGUGAGGGGUUAAAUCUUUCACCGAUAACUCAAGCAAGUUGCGCAGACAGUCCACAGUCCCUGAGUGCUGGAAGUGGUAGUCCGUUUACGCUGCAUAACGCCUCAACCGAUGAUAAUGCGAAGUUCAGGCCAUUUUCUACUCCGACGGAGGGCCUAGAACAAAGGGCUAGUGGGGAUAACUAUGAGGGAAGUUUUCUGUGUGAGCAGUUUGGCACGAAACCUCUAAAGGCUGGCAUCAAAACGAGUCAAACACGAGUUGAAAACAAAAUUGAGAACCGAAGCACAGAGUCGGCUGCUUUACCUCAGAAACAUGAUCCCAUAUCAGUUCCAUGUUGGGUUGAGGAUCAACGUAAACAUGCAGGCAUGUCACUUCAGGAUAAUGUUUGCUUUGAACGGGCUCUGAUGACAGGGUUGAAGGAAACGGGGGCGGAGACAGGAUUGAACCAAAAGACGGUGGACUGUAGUUCAAAGACGAGACAUCGCUACACUUGGCUGACACGACACGUUUCGUGUGACGAGUGCCCAGCAUAUUUGAGAAACACAGUCAAAAUGGCAAAAUAUCUGGCAGAAAAGGGCGUUCAGAAAGUUUUACCAGAUAAAAAUGGAAGUCUCUUGAAUAAGCAGUUUGACCCGACAUCCCUUCGAAAGAUCAAUCGCAAGGAGUGCUGCAUGUCUUUGGUACCAGAUCCCUUGCCACUUUCCUGCCCCGGGCAACAUUUGCACAAGGUCUUCGGGAAAAAUGUGUACGAUGAUGGCAAAAAUCCUGCUGAAGACCCUUCAACUCUGUCCCAGGGACGUCUCAAAGUGAUCCUCAUUGAUGGCGUCAUUUACAGGAUUGUGAGGCUACAAACAACCAAGAUUGUGGAAGUGUACCCAGGGGAUGGGAGUGUGCUUGUAUCGCAGGGCAUGACUGGCCAGUUCUUCCAACAUAUCAUAGCGCAUGGAAACAAGUUGGAAGAACGCACCUACUCUCUUAAAGCGCCCCCUGUGACCUCUGCAGGCAGCAAGUACUGCAUGCGGUCCCUGAUCCAGCGAGCCAACAGGUUUCUUGCACAUGUGAGACAAGAGGACAACAUGCCUGCGUCACUUGGACUAUGUUGUUGGAAGCAUGAAGAAGUCGUCCUCAGCGAGCCCUCCUCCACGCACAUUUUAGAGGAGUGUGAGAUAGCGGGGUACGGUCGCUUCAGCGCGCUCUCUAACGGGGAGGUGAGGAUAGUGUUUAACGACCGCACGUGCCUCGACAUGGUUGCUGACUUCUCAGCUAGGCUCGGAGAGGGCUCAAGGAGUGGGCAGGGUACGCGCACUCUGGCGGACAAAACUGCAGGAACCUGCCGCUUGCUUCUACAAAACGGACAGUACCAGAUGGUUAGCGUUCAGCAGCCGGGGCAGUUCAAAAGGUACGUUUCCGUAGCCCAGGAGUGGAUAGAUUGGGUCAAUUCCUCGCCACAGAAGAGGGAAACUUUCUACAAAGAAAGGUCGGACAACUCAGUGCAGAUGUCUGUAGAACGGGAGUUGCAAAGAAUACAAUGCUUUAACUACAUAGUGGACAACACGGUACUGAAGACCGGACAGUCGUCAACAAAUGUUUCAAAAGAAACUAAGCAAGGCGCAUUCAGGCCAUUUUCAGGCGACAGCAAGCCUGGUCCAAGUAUUUUACGUAACUCUGAACAAAAUAGGGCUCGGAUUGUUGACUCACAGCCUAGAUCUGUACAAAUUCAUUCUCCGUCCUCUAGUGCUGACACGACUAGUUCAACACUUCCGCCAUCUUUGCAAUCGUUCCGUGCGCAAGAUAGGUGCGCGCCGAAUGGAAGGCCGAUUCCCAUCGGUCAGGCUUUUGUGACGUCAGAAUCUAGAUUGAGUGGUCUUGACUUUAAUAUCUCCAAUUUUUCAGGUUUUGAAGGUUUUAAUUCUGUUCGCAAGGCGCUGAUGAUGACUUCCAGUGUAAUAAAAGAUAUUGAUCAACUUCUAGAGAGAAAAUAAAGAUUUGCACCAUCAGAUAUUUAUAAUGAUGUGUAUGUCGUUAUUUAUAUAUCACAUGAUUCCGUUGACAUGCAAUUUCUCUGAUGCUAUUUUGCGGCCACACAUGUUUACGAUAACGAAUUCCUGUGUUUACGGAGUUGUCUUGCGAAAUGGACAUGCUUCUCUAGAGCAGCUCUACGUGAUUACGUACUUAGAAUAAUUCUCAUUUACAUUACCAAGAAGCUAUUAUUUAUUCAAAGAGAAUUUACGUCGAUGUUCCAAAUCCGAUUUGUACUAUCUACUUUGAAGGCAAUCAGGGCGCAUUGUCAGACACUCUAGUUAAGACGUGUGUGUAUCAUGACACAGCUUACAGAGAUCUCAUUUGUCUCACUUUUUUAAACACACAUCAAAGCAUUUAUCACAUUAAUUUCGCAAUCGCCAAACUAUAAAUUCAAUAGUUCGUUAUUAGAUGAAGUGUCUUUGCAAUUCAUUAAUAAAUCAGUUCGCCUUA